AUGAAUGAGAAUCAACGGCAAGGCGGAUCGUUUAGUAGCGAGUUAGGCUACGGUGGUAGAGUGGACACUGAUUGUGGAGUGGGUAUUUGUGUUCUGAGUGGUCAUGUUGAUGCUCGUUUUGCAUCGAGUUUGGUGGAGAACCGCGGUGUAUGA